AUGUCAGAGACAAUUAGUAUUAAAUUGUUAGUGGUUGGAGAUGGAUCAGUUGGAAAAACCUGUAUAUUAUUAAGCUAUACAACCGAUAAAUUUCCUACUGAGUAUGUCCCAACUGUUUUUGAAAAUUACCAAACAAAAGUCAGAGUAGACGAAAGGGAGGUUGAUUUAAGUUUAUGGGACACUGCUGGAUAAGAGGGAUAUAAUAAUGUAAGAUAAUUAAGCUACGAUAAUACAGAUGUUUUCCUAAUAGUUUAUUCUGUUGUGGAGAGCAAUUCAUUCUCAAAUGCAUUACAUAAAUGGCAUCCAGAAUUGAACAAAGACAAAUUUGAGUAGAUACCAAAAAUUUUUGUAGGCAAUAAAAUUGAUAUGAGAAAUGAAGGAAAUUCAAAUCAUGUAAAAAAAACAGCAGCUGAAUAACUAAUAAAAAACCUAAAGUGCAAUUUAUUUGAAGUAUCAGCAUUAACCCAAGAAGGUCUUAGACCGCUAUUUGAUACAGCUAUUUAAAUUGCACUAAAGAAGAAACUUAAUGCUAUUAAUGAUGCUUAAAAGCCCAGUCAGCCAGCCAAUGAUUCUUAAUGUUGCCAAUUAAUUUGA